UCACUUCUCUAGUUCUCUCUCGCUCGCUCUAUAGCCUGAACGCAUAGAGUGCUCAGGUUAAGCAGAGGGGGUGCGUAGGAUAACAGAGCAUACAUACAACACAAAAUGGUGCGUCAAAGACUCGGAAUCUAUGUCACAUUGAUCUGCAUUGUCAUUGCUGGUGCUAGAGGUCAAUCUCCGCCAACGUCUCCGACGACGACGCCAGCACCUCCAACCCCUACCACACCGACAACGUCUCCGCCUCCAACCACCACCGCUCCACCCACACCAACCACUCAACCUCCUCCUGUCUCAGCACCACCACCAGUGACCACUUCUCCGCCCCCAGCGUCAACUCCCCCGCCGGUGUCGUCUCCACCACCGGCAACUCCUCCUCCUGUCUCCGCUCCACCACCAGCUACUCCUCCACCAGCAUCGCCUCCUCCAGUAACACCGCCUCCCGCAUCUCCACCACCGGCAACACCUCCUCCUUCUUCUCCACCACCGGCGUCUCCUCCUCCCGCUACUCCACCACCGGCGACACCUCCUCCUGCUACUCCACCACCGGCGACACCUCCUCCGGCGUCUCCUCCUCCUGCUACUCCGCCACCAGCUCCUCUGGCAUCUCCGCCUGCUCUAGUUCCAAGUACAGCUCCAGCUCCAGGUCCUAGCAAGAAGGCGAAAGCACCAUCUCCUUUGGGCUUGAGCCCACCAGCGCCGCCCACAGGGGCCCCUGGGCCUAGUCUAGAGGCAACCUCUCCCGGGCCAUCCGGCUCAACCGACCAGAGUGGAGUGCAGAAGCUGUGGUGUAUGCGGGGCUUGGUGGGGAGCUUGAUCUUUGGAUGGGCAUUCCUCUGGUUUUCACUUUAGAAAUGUCAUAUCCCAUGCACACCUUGUUGUGUCUUUUGCUUUUUUACGAUAUCUUGUUAUUCUUUGAUAUUUGUACUUUGGGCCCUAUAUGUAUUAUUGGCUGCCAUUGUAGGCCCUCACGUUUGAUUCAGUUAUCACUGCCUAUACAUUGGGAGAUUUUUGAGGGGGGAGCUUAUGUACUUUGAGAGAGGAUUAUUGUUUUGUAUCAGUAUUUGGGGUUUUCUUGGUGGCUACUUCAUUUUCUGUCUCAUUCCUUUUUAUUCUUCACUUAGCCUUAAUAUUCUUGAAUUUUGUUUUCC